UCACUGUGAAACUUCUUUAUCUCCCUUCUCUUCUUUUUACCUCACUUUGCUUUCAUUCUCCAUACCCUGUCAACUUCACUUUUUCUACCCUUCUCUCUCUCUCUCUCUCUCUCUCUCAUCACACAUUCUCCUCUUUUUAAAUCCUUCACCUCCAACUCUGAGAGCCUCAACCACAACCCUUUUUCCUCGUUCAGUCAUCACUCAACACACUCCUUCACUUCACAGACACUUUGUGUAGCUGCAAUGGAAGAAUAUUACUACAAGAGGCAUCAUGUGCCAGCAUUUGGGAGCUGGGAUUGGAAUGAUAAUCUUCCCUUCACUCAGUGCUUUGAGUCUGCAAGACAAGCUGGUUUGUUAAGAUACAGUUAUUCUGAGUCUGAAGAUAGAGACCUUUAUGUCACUGGGGACUUGUAUGAGAAUGAUGUUGUCACACCUGCUAUGAUUGUUGUUCCUCGUAGAAGGGAAAAGGUACGUUGCCAGCAUGAAAAAGAAGCAAAAAAGCAGAAUUGGGUGAGUAAUGUGAAGGAGCUAUCUAGCCCAACUAAUCCAAUUCCAAGACCAAAACCAAAGCCUGUUGAUGAAGACUUGUACAAGAUCUCACCAGAGCUACUUUAUGCCAAAACUAGGAAGAAGAGAGGGUUGUGCUUCUUUCCAAGCUGUUUGAUACCAACAUGCAUUGCCUGAGAUUCAAGAAAACUUGAGAGGAGCCAAUGUACAUACAAGUGAAAUAGAGAACAGAUACGUAAUUGGAUGAUAUUUAAUCCAAAAGGGACCAAGAAGAUUUCACCAUUAUAUAUAUAGUCACAUGAUUACUGUGACAAGCUCUUUUGUUGUUUAGUUAUUCUUUGGUUUUUACCGUUUGGUUUUUGUUGGGGUGUUUUAGUUUGUCUUUUUCUAUGUACUUUUGGGUGAAAUCAUUGAUGAUAGGUCUUGAACUUUGGUUGUAAAAACUCUGAACCAGAAGUUUAAAGAUGCCUUUUUUUUGUUCCUGUCAGAUA